GUGAGGGUCUCCUGCUGCCUGAGCCUUUGUCAUGGGAAGACUUUACUCUGCAGUCAGUUUCUUCAUAGAGGAGGAGCGGACUUCAGCCUCAGCAACACACAGAUGCCACAAACCUCUGGAACAACUAUGUGACCGAGACACUAAAUCAAAGAGAACUAAGCUCACAGGUCCCAGCUGAAUCCUGCUUCUUCAGAGUGAAUCAGAGGAGGUCAGUGGGAUGAACAGCAUGCUCCCUCAGAGGAGCGCAGUCGCCACGCUGGGCUACGGCUCGGACUGUGUGAAGAUUGAGCACAGCAGUAACGGCUCCGUGGGAGGGACGUUGCUGAGGGGCUCUCGUUCUAAGGCAGAGCUACAGGAACUGAUGGAGACGCUGCAGCGCAGGAAAAGUGCUCUGGAGGCCAGUCUGAGAGCAGCCGAGUGCAGCCGCAAGUACCUCAGCGUGCCCUCACCUGAGGGACCCCAAUCCACAAGGACACUUUCCAUCCUCAGUAAUACCGAGCGCCCUCCGUCUGCCUCUAGAAACUUCUCCUACAUGAGCAGCAGCAGCGUGCCUCCAUCACCUCGUCAGGGCGAUCGCCAGCUGAGCUCUAAUGGCUUCGUCCGUCAUUCCCACCCUCGCCACCAGUCACAAGACAGCCUGCUCCUCUCUAAUGCAACAGAAGGAAGCUCUCUUCACUCCUCUUAUGGGGACCCCCUACUUCGUUCUCCCAGGGUCAAAAGUGGAGCAGCCAGCAUGCCGUCCAGCCCUCGCAUGGGCCGCAGGCCCUAUUCUCAGGGAAAGGCUGGAGGAGAAUCCCGGCAGAGGAAAUACUCCACCGGCUCCCUCAACAGCCUUGGGAUGCACAGUCGGUCUCUGCCACGGCUUCACAGUGCAGAUCCCCCAGCUCUGUCACUUCCAUCACGCCACUCAGUGGGUUCCCACAGAGGAGUGGGCUCAGCAGGGGCUCGACGCAGUCUCUCCUCCCUGGAGCAGCCACCGGAUGUGACUGUCCCAGCCAGCAUGCCCAGCACUCCCAGGAGGGCCAGUCUGGCCUCUCUGAGCUCUCUGGGUGUAGAGAUCGAUGGCACAGGUUUAGAUCUGAGCUUUGGAGAGAGGAGGUUGUCCUUUGGGAAGGGCGGGCUGGGUCCAGGACAGAGGGUGGGCAGCAUCAGCUCUUUGAACGGCAAAGAGGAGCUUAGAGAUUACCACCAGCACCAGAGAGAUGAGCGCCUCAGGGAGCAGAAGGUGCAGAGAUUGGAAUGCCAGCGUCUAGAGACCAUUUUGAACCUGUGCACUGAUAUGGGUCAUGUGGAGAGAGAGCCAGCAGGUUCAUCCGUGUCUGACCUGCAGAAGAUCAACAAGGAGUUGGAGAAGCUGCAGGUGUCGGAUGAUGAGUCGGUUUUCUCGGACUCUCCCGGCAGCACGGCUCCCGACAGCUGCUUUGGGGCCAAAACCAGAGAUUUCCAGUUCUCUGAUGAGCAGCAGGUUACCCAGCGUCAGCAGAGCGGCUACAGAGACGCCAGAUCCCACUCACCGGCCGUCAGUCUGAACAGCAGUGCCCCUUCACCCUCCACCAACCAUAGAGUCAAAGCCCUGGAGAGUGUGCAGCUGAAACAGGAAGUGACGCAAAUAGAGGAAGAGAGGAUUCAGGUUCUGAACAACAUAGAGGAGCUGGAGCAGAAGAUCAAGGACCUGGACAACCAGAUGGAGGAGUCUGUCCGAGAGAUGGAGGUGGAGUGUGCUCUGCUGGAAGGGGAACAGGAGUCGGAGAUGUGUCAGCUUCGGAGGGAAAAAGAGCUUCUGGACCAGCUGAAGGCAAAGAUCCAUAGUGCUGAGAAGACGAACCACAGUGAGAAGUCACAGGAAGCUAAGGAGCAGACAAAAAGUUUUGAGGAUCUGGAGUUUCAGAAGCUGGAGAGUGAAAUCAAUCAAGGCGAGGAAAAAGAGAAUCGUAGCCAAGAGCUGCUGCGAGAGAUCGCCGAGUGUCAGCGUCUUACGUACACACGCAAGGAGCGGCUCAUGACCCUGAAGAAACAGUCGUCACAGAUCACCUUACAGGCUCAGCAAGAGAGAGAGAACUUCCAGAGAGAGAAAAACAAUUUGCUCGUCAUGCUGCAGAAGGAGAGAGACAAACUGGUGUCUUUGGAAGGAAAGUAUGCAGAGUUGUCUGAGGGGCAGAGCUUCACGAACGUCCCAGUCGCCAUCAAAGAGCACUUGCAGUCUCUGAAGGAAAGGAGGAGAAGCAGCAGUGGAAACUCUUCCCACCCGAGUGACAGCCUCCCUCACAAGAGGAGCCAGCAGCUCCCCACGCCUUACGGCCGAUCCCUGGGACGCACACUUCCUCCCAAGGUUCACCUGCCUCUGGCCCAGAGCUCCAGCUGCAGCAGCGUGAUCUCUCCAGGCUUCACCUUCUCCACCCGGGACCUGAUCACUCGCCGCCUGCCCAAGAGCAACAGCCAUGCGCACAUGAAUGAAGACAGACAGAAGAGAAAUGAUUUUUGCAGCAGGAUGAUGUGUGAGCCCAGCGUGUUCCUGGACUCCUUCUCUUACCCUGACCACGGCCAGGCCUCUGAUACAGUCAGCGUGGACAGCUCCGACAGCAUGGAGACCAGCUUCUCUGCCUGCUCCCCGGACAACAUCUCCAGUGCGAGCACCAACAACAUGGCCAAGAUUGAGGAGAUGGAGCGUUUGCUGCGAGAGGCCCAGUCUGAGAAGCUGAGACUCCUCGAGCAUCGGGAGCGAGAGAUGGAGAUGCGCCGACAGGCUCUGGAUGAGGAGCGACGAAGGAGGGAGGAUCUGGAGAAGCGACUGCAGGAGGAGACGAACAGGAGACAGAAACUUGUGGAGAGAGAAGUGAAGUACAGAGAGAAACAACGAUCACAGUCCCGGCUGCUGACGCGCUACCUCCCUGUGCGGAAAGACGACUUUGAUCUUCACGGCCACAUCGAGGCAGCGGGACACAGCCCAGACGCCUGCUUCCAUCUGGCCAUCACUGAUAAAACCUGUCGAGGCUUCUUGGUCAAAAUGGGCGGCAAGAUAAAGACCUGGAAGAAACGCUGGUUUGUCUUCGACCAGAAUCGCAGGACACUCACCUACUAUGCAGACAAACAUGAGACCAAGAUGAAAGGUGUCAUUUACUUCCAAGCCAUAGAAGAGGUGUACUACGACCAUUUAAAGAAUGCACACAAGAGCCCCAACCCCUCGCUGACGUUCAGUGUGAAGACCCACGAUCGGGUGUACUACAUGGUGGCUCCGUCCCCCGAGGCCAUGCGUAUCUGGAUGGAUGUUAUUGUUACAGGUGCUGAAGGACACAUGCAUUUCAUGGUGUAACCGAUACCAACAGAUCAGGGUCCGCGCCGCUUAAUUUCUUUGGUAAACAUUGUGUCACACGAGAAGAGGCUCGGGUCUCUGCUCACGUCAACGUCACAGGAAACACGGACCAAAGAGGAACCUCUGUUUACGACUCAUGCUCAGAUGCACACUUUAUAAUGUAAUCAUAUGUAACAAAUGAAAAAGAGUUGUUAUACAGGUUUCAUAAUUAAGCUACGUAGUUAUUUUUUUUAUUUGUUUAUGUACCGUGAGUGGCUGAGGCAGCACUAAAUCUUUUUCUAUCUUUCUCCGUCCUUACACAACGUCUCUGCACGUCUCUUUAGCUUUUUUUUCUAAUCAAAUCUUUAUCAGGGAAACUUUUAAAAGGUCGUAAACUCAACAUCUGCUUCUCCUUCAAACUGCGUUGCACACUGAUGCUGCUUCUCAGUAACAGAUGCACGUCUGUAAAACAGCUUUCGAGAAACUGUAGCCUUCUACGAUUUUGCUUAUUCCAUAAUUGUUCAAACCAAAGUUCAUGUUGCAGGUCCAACUCUGUUUAUUCAACUUCCUUUUCUUUUCUUUCUAUUCCCUGUUGGACUUUACCUUCUCAGUAUUUCUAUAUCUAAAUCAGACUGAAAUUAAUUUCUUUGAAAAUCAGUGUUAGCAUCAUACGACGGAGUAUUAGGGCCACUUCAAGGGAAACAAAUCUUGAGAUUUUUAGAAUAAAGUCAUAAUUUUAGGCUGCGUGUCACGUUAGAGGGGGAAUAUCAGAAGAUCAGCCUGUCGCCUGCGUUUCCAUGAGGAAUGUGGAGCAGUUAAGUUGUACAUUUGAUAACAAAAUAUCAAAUCUUUUGGCUCAUCAGCUCCACAUUAGCAUAAGUAUCAGGACUUAUUCUGACCACACGAGCCUGGAGGAAAUUGCCUCUUUUUUGGAGGAGGAAAUGUUUGGUGUUGGUUUACUCGAAGGUUAUCGUUGGUUGCAUCUGCAGGAUAUUCAGAGACAUUUCUUAGUUUCUCAGGAAACAGUAAGAUUGGUUAUCAAAGAUUGGCAGUGGGUCGUUUUUCUAACUAUAUAACGACUUUAAUUCUACUUAUAUUACAUCUUCCUUCCUGUUAUAUUAAAAUAUUGUUCUUGGAAUUAUAUUUCUUCAGUAUGGUCCUAAUACUCUGUUGUAACAUCACAUCUUCCUUCUCCCAGAUAGGAUAUCACCCCCUCUGUGUUUAUGGCUGCAAGAAUGCACAUUUUCAUAUUAACUCAGAUUUUUUUAUUUCUAUAUUGUGACUAAUAUUCAAAUGUAAUUACUGAGGGUAUUAUUUCAUAUUUUAAACUCAAGCAUUUUGAAUGCUGCUGCCGGACUGCAAACAUAAGCUGGUCUUGUCUGUCUCUUUAAAGCAGAGCUGAAUGUUUGCCAUUAGCAAUACCUAAAGACUAGAUAGAUACACGUCUAUGCAUCACUUUGAUUCCAGCGAGCGUUUGGGCACUUUUUUACAUUUUAUAAUUAUGCUUUUUUAUUAAAUGCUGGCAAAUGUUCUACUCAGUAGAGCGUUUUCCCACAUGACAAUGGUACUGUUAAAUAUUUAAAACCAUGCAACUAGCUCCCUCUGUCUGCAGUGUAGCAGAAUGGUCUAAAUAAAAUGAGGCCAUGUUGCGCAGCAGUGAUGCUGAAUGUACUGCAUCACCAGCAUGUGUUUUACAUUUCAUUCACCAUGUUUUUCACCAGCAGAGGUCCUCUGUGCAGAGUGGUUGCACUGGGAUGACGUAAUGCUCAGGCUGGUUGGUCCACACCUAAAUAAAUGAGCAGUUACUGAGAAAAUAGAGCCUCAGUCAUCCAUAUUUUCUAACGUUUAUACAUCAGAUAUGUGCAUUUAUUAGCACAAUGUACAGAAAAUCAAGUGGGAGAUUUGCUUUCUGAAAGCAAAACCUGGGUCAAAUAUGAAAUUAUAUUUUUCAAAUUUUUUAUUUAGAAUCCAUACAUUUGACCUGUAUUUUUGUUGUGAUUUGCAACAGUGUGACUGAAUGUGAAACUGAGGGGAUCACCAGAGUGACCAGCUUUUGGUUCACAGACGUCAGGGCUCGCUGCUCCUCUCGUGCAGCCUCAGUGUCGGUUUACUCCGUCCUGCAGAGUGCACGUCAGGCUGCUGAGCCCACUGUGUUGCAGAUGAGUCGCUGCCUCUGCCGGAAGCGUCUCUGUGAACACGCGUGUCCCCCGGGUAAACAUCGCACCCCCAAACUGUCAUCCAGCGUAUGACACACAAGCCUUAAAACCAAUGACUCACAUUUAAAUAUUUUGUUUGGGAACAUUUAAUGUUUUAUAUUUUGUAUAUGAACAGUUAUGAUUUUUGACACUGUGCUACUGGUUUUUAUACUCGACCUGUGUCAUGAAUAAAUCAUUUGGAUUAUGAAUUGUA